AGAGAGAUCAUGAAACCGACCGUGGCGGCGAUGGCGGUGAGAAGCCACGGUGGAGAUUGCUGCAAGAACGGUCCAGGUAAUUACACCACGCCUCUCCUCGCGAUGUUUGGUCCACGAGAGAAACUCAUCUAUGUCGCUGUCAUUUACACCGGAACCGGUCAAGACAAACCAGAUUACUUAGCGACGGUAGAUGUAGACUCCAGCUCGUCAACAUACUCUAGUGUCAUCCAUAGAUUAUCAAUGCCUUAUCUUGGAGACGAACUUCAUCACUCAGGCUGGAACUCCUGCAGCUCUUGCUAUAGUGACCCUUCUUGCGAAAGACGUUAUCUAAUCUUGCCUUCUCGUCUCCUGGGAGAAGACGAGAUUGGCUUAUCCGCAUCAACCCUAUUGCUUAGCUUCUUGUGUCUUGUCUUGGCGACAAAGAUGAAAACGCAGGAGGAUAAAGAAGGAAGCAGUCCUUUGUUUGAGUAUGAUUUCUGGUAUCAACCUCGGCACGAGACAAUGAUCAGUACCUCUUGGGGAGCACCAGCUGCUUGGCCAGAAGGCCAAUUGACACAGAUACUUGACCUUGACGUUACCAGGCUUUUAUCCUUAGAGGUUAGAUUCUUGCACGACCCUACUAAAGCUAUUGGAUUUGUAGGGUGUGCGUUAUCGAGUACUAUAGUGAGAUUCUUCAAGAACGAGGAUGAAACAUAUGGAGCCACG